CCUAGUGGUGUGGCUGCCUAACUGUUACCGUGUAAAAUUCUGAAACACUGGGUUCUGUUGACGUUCAAUAUGGCGAUGCACAACAAAACUACACCGCCGCAGAUCCCGGAUACUCGGAGGGAAUUGGCAGAGCUGGUGAAGAGGAAGCAGGAACUCGCGGAAACACUGGCAAACCUGGAAAGACAGAUAUAUGCAUUUGAAGGAAGUUACCUGGAAGAUACACAGAUGUAUGGAAACAUAAUUAGAGGUUGGGAUCGUUAUUUAACAAACCAGAAAAAUUCCAACAGCAAGAACGAUAGAAGAAACAGGAAGUUCAAGGAAGCAGAGCGGUUGUUCAGUAAAUCUUCUGUUACUUCUGUAUCGGCUGUAAGUGCACUGGGAGGAGUCCAAGAUCAAAUGGUGGAGAAACGGGAACCAGGCAGUGGAACAGAAAGUGAUAAUUCUCCAGAUUUCCAGAAUCAGGAAAAUGAACCUAACCAAGAAGAUACAGAAGACCUGGAUGGGUCCAUGCAGGGAAUAAAACCUUCAAAAGCAGUCUCUUCAACAUCUUCAGGAAAUCAUCACAGCAGUCAUAAAAAGCGGAAGAACAAAAAUCGACAUAGCCCAUCUGGCAUGUUUGAUUAUGACUUUGAAAUUGACCUCAAGUUGAACAAAAAACCAAGAGCUGACUACUAGAUGAAGUUCAUUGCUGAAAGGUGUGCGAGACAUUGAGUGCUGUUUGAGAUCCUCUGGAGUAAAUGUGAAGUGUUCGUAGAUGAAUGAACUUGAUGUAGAGAUCUGGUGCCUGUGACUGAGUCAUGGAAUUCUCCGACCACUGUUGAAGCAAAACUUUUGGUCAGCUUCAUGCCUGAACUCUCCAUCCUACUUUUUAUUUUGUUAAAUAAAGGCUUCUUAGAAUGCACAGUAAAAUGACACAUUACUUCAUGUUCUUCAAGGCAUGUUACCUUUGUGUCAGAAGGAGUAGGAGUUUUACCAUUUUAGUGUAGCAUUUUUUCCCUCAAAAAGACGUGUGCUUGUUAUGAAUUUUAGAGAUGUUGGCCAUCUGUGUGUGAAGAAAUAGUGUGCUGUUGGUGAAAAACACAUUUCCGAAAUCCCUGGGUACCUUGAGAUGAAAAAUUGCUUACAGCAUCCAGGUAAGAAUAACAGAAUGUUAACUUGCAUAUGAAGGCUAAUGUAAAUUUGUACAUACAGUGGUGUAGUCAGUCAUUUAAAUCCAUGCACUAUGUUGUCACUCAGGAAUUCUUCACUCUGAUUAUUGCAGGUAUGCUAGCCCAUAUUCAGUAGUAUCUUAUUUAUAUUCAGUUUACUCUAAUUAUGGAAAUAAUUUGCAGCUGAUGUAUUUUAAGACAGGGCUCUUCUUCCAAAAGUCAGCUUCAGUUCUCUACUAACUGAAAAAAACGUGACCCAAAGCUCACCUUGACAACUUUUAUCCAAACAAUAGGCAGUCUUUACUUUAUUUUCUUCAUUUUUUUGUAUUUAAUUUUAUUCACUUACACAUGUAGGCUGACAUUUCCCCAGCUCUAAGACAUUCUUAGUUUCUGCUUGGAAACAUUAAUUUCCAAUCAGAUCAGCAAUCCAAGCAUGUCAUUUAUUGUAUACAUUUUUUCUUCUUUUUGUAAAAUAUUUCCUUUAUGUUUAGGCAGAAUGCCACGUUUAUUUUUUUUCCAAGUCUGUACCAGUCACUAGUCAUUUGUGAACUUUACUGUUGUAGAUGUCUGACAACCAAUAAAAGAAUUACAUCAGAA